AUGCCUGUUAAACCAGACAGAACUUUGGUUUUAUGGAUUGCAUUUGACAUCAAAUGGUCUCACGGCAGAUCUGAGCUAGGUCGAUGCUAUAAAGAAUACAGCCAAACCCAGAGAUGUGAAGGAAUUAAGAAGUUCUCUCGGACGUCUAUCCAAUCAUUGUGGCAAAUUCAUACAGAAUUACUCAACCUUAACAGCACCACUACGGGAACUAACUGCCAAGAAUACUCAAGUUUGAAUGGAAACCAGUGCAUGGAAAAUCAUUUUAUGCAAUUAAGCAAGCUAUUCAGAAGGAUUGCAUUACGCACUAUUACAACCCCAAGCAAAGAACCGUGCUCAGUGCUCACAGUUGAUGCAAGCCCAGUGGGGCUUGGGGAAAUGUUAUCAAAUGUUGACUCACAUGCAAGGUAACAUUCAUAAGGUCGCUUAUGCCAGUCGGUCAAUGUCUAAAGUUGAACAGAAAUAUUCACAAACCGAACGCAAGACUCUCGCAGUGGUGUGGGGGAGUGAAAAAUUUAAUUUGUACUUGGUGGGCACAAAGUUAACCAUUGUAACUGAUCAUAAAGCUCUCGAAGUUAUCUACAAUACCAAGUCCAAAAUGCCUGCAAGAAUUGAGCGAUGGGGUCUGAGGUUGCAACAGUAUGAUUUUGACAUUCAACACAGACCAGGUGUUGGAAACUUAGCAGAUCUAGACGUUUCGGCAAGACAACCUUUACAAUAAUGUUCAGAAAAGAGUGCUAGCAAUGUAGCAGAUCAAUAUGUCAAUUUUGUGGAGCAACUGAACAACACUCUGUCCCCGAUGCAAUGAACAUCAAGGAUAUCAUGGUGGCUAUCAAAAAAGAUCACCAAUUACAGAAUGCCAUAUCAAACAUUCAUUCGUGAAAAUGGAGGUAAGUGAUCUAUUUUCUGUCAGACAUGAACUAUCAGUGACCAGUACUGGACACUCUUGCGAGGUUCACAAAUUGUUAUGCUAUAUCUAAGUUGAGAAUGGAAACAUUAAAACAUGCUCAUAAAGGGCACCAAGGAAUUGUAAAGACUAAGCAAGCUCUAAGAACAAAAGUACAGUAUGGUGGUCCAAAAUUGAAAAGAUUUAAAGGAUUAUGUGCAACGAUGCCAUGCUUGUCAGUGUCUUGGGCAAGCAGACCCACCAGCACCAGUAAAAUUUAACCAGAUGCCAAGCAAACCUUGGGAACGCCUUCAUAUGGCUUUUUAGGACCAUAUACUAUGGGAUAAAUGUUGCUAGUCGUCACUGAUGCAUACUCCAAAUUCAACAUAAGUCAACAACCCCUAAUUAGCAAGUCAUCACAAGAUUGGAAAAAAUAUUUGCGGCUCAUGGAUUACCAUUAGAGGUACGUACUGACAAUGGUUCGCCGUUUAAUGCAAAAGAGUUUCACCAACACAUGAAAGACCGAGGCAUCCUUUAUCGAACUGUUACUCCAUUAUGGCCGCGAAGCCUCUUAACAAAGCCAUACGAGCAGCUCAGUUGGAAGGCUGUGACUGGCGAGGAGAGAUUUAUACUUUUUUACUAGCCUACCGUACUAUUCCACAGUGUAGCACUGGUGUAGGCUAGAACCUGCACAGCUUUUAUUUAAGCGCGAAGUUUGAAGAACCAUUCUAAUGUCACCUGAAAAGUGAAAAACCUGAAAAAUUACAAAGAGCUGCACAGCAAAGCAAAAGAAAAUGUUGAGAAGAAGCAACGGAAGGCAAAAACAUACGUUGAAGAGAAGAGCAAGAGAACCACGUAUUUCAGUUGAAGAUAAAGUUCUGGUUAGACAACAGUACCGUAACAAGUUAACAUCGUUAUUUGAUCCAAAACUGGCCUUUGGUCGUGAUCAAAGUGGAUGGGACAAUGCUUACAGCAUCAAGAGCGGAUUAUUUAGUUACCAGGAAUAUCUCUUUAAUACUUCAAGAAACACCUUCGCAGUGAAAACGAUACAUUGAAAACCAAGCAUGGGGUGAAUAGGUUUUUGGAUCGUCGAAUUUCACAGAAAAAAUUGUUCGGAUUUCGGAUCUGGCAAAUAUUUUACACGGUUUGCGGAUCUUAUCAAUACAGCGGAUUGCCAAUUGAUCUAAUAUUUUGGCUUGGAUUGUGGAUUUUGCUUGCAAUUUACCUUAUUAUAGGAAAUUAACGAUGCACUUUAUUAACGCGACAUAAAUUAACGCGACCUCAAAUUAACGCGGAUUGCUUCUAGGUCUUUUAAAACAUGAUUAUAUUAACGCGAAUCUGAUCUCCAUGGUGGACAAAUUAAUUAAGUUAACGCAAAUCGGAAAAUAUAGACAAAACAACAACAAAGGUUUAAUGUUAAGAGGAGCACUGAUGUUUUUAGUUUACGUUAAUAUACUGUAUUUUGAUAUUAAAAGAGUUAGUGUUAUAUAGAAUAAAAUCUAGGUAUUUUUAAGGCCAAUGAAAACUGAUAUCAUUUUUCUCGUCCCCGCCCGCAUGGGAUUUAUCUGCCGCACGAAAAUUUUUCAUUAUUCAUUAUUUUUGAAAAAUAGGCUUCAAGGAAAUUAUUGACAAGCACAAAUCAAAUACAAAAAAUAAUAAAAAAGGAAAAAAUCCCGCUCCAAAUUUUUGAAAAUUGUGGACGAGAAACAUGAUAUCAAUUUUCAUUGGCCUAACUAACGAUAAAUGAAAAUUACAUACUUAAAAUUAACGAUCACAUAAAUGAACAUAAAUUAAAUUAACGCGAAUUUUUAAAAUCCGCGUUAAUAAAGUGCAUCGUUAAUUCAUUCCUAUAAUAAGGUAGUUCGGAUCCUGGAUUAUAUUGUGACUUCAUAGUAGAGCUUUUAGCGGAUUCAAAUUUACACCCGUUUUACAAUUACGCGACCUCCCUGAAAAAUACUCUUUGCCAAGCCAAUACUCAUAAAACUGACAUUUGAAGUAAUACUUCAAAUGUCAGUUUUAUGUCACAAGAACUGCUAAAAAUAGCAAACGUAAACAAACUGUCAAAAGACGUUUUAAACCGUAUUUAAUACCAAAACUGAACAAAAAUGAGUUAUAUAACUUAGAUAUACAAACCAAAGCACAAUACAAACCAUCACAACAGAAAUAUGUGCCGUAAAUAACUUUUAAGGUUUGAAAAAUAACAAUUUAUCUUGGAAUUGUAGUCAGUAUAAAACACGCGCGCUAGACUAUAACGCGGAUGUUAUGAUUUUGUUGUGCUUACCGAUUUUGCAAUAAUUCUAAUUAAAAUAUCUUGAAAAUCAUUGUAAGCCUGUUUAUAUGAAGCAUACAAAGCAUAUACAUCGGCAAGGAACCGCAAAACUUAAAGUUUGAACUUCGUGACCGAAUGACAUAAAACUCAUGUCAACUCUAGUAUUUUCGUCCUUGGUCGCGUAAUUUUGAAAACGGGUGUAAGCAAGACCAUUGUCGGACCACGGAUUCCCGCUUCAAAUUUGGGCGGAUCGGCGUAUUUGUACACCCUAGUCACCCCCGCCCCCCAUUAGUGUGAUGAAAAAGAUAAAGACGCAUUUAUUUGCCCUGAUGAAAUAUAUUUUGAACAAUAUAGAUGUAAACAUUUCUGCGACGACUUUCCUUGAAGGGGGGAGGGGGGCUGAAUGCCUCUCUUUCGGUCACUUGUUAAGAGCAUAGGCACCAGCUAAUUUGGUAAAACUGACUACCUUGCGGUUUACUCAGAAGGUAGAGAACAACUUUGACAUAAUAGGGAACAACUUUGAAUUUCGCUAUAUGUUGUCGCAUACCCAGGUAGUAGAAAUACAUGCGGGCAGCAACCCCUUGCAACUAAAACUUGCACCCGGGCUAGCCCGCUCGUGAGUGGUUAUAUGGAGAAAUUUCCAACCCUGUAAGCGAGAUCUCUCCUCUUCCUAAUAAAUUCCUCUUCUGGCUCUAUUCAAACGAGGUCUCGCCGACCUGGCCAGUCUUCUUGUCCAUAUAAACAACGGUUUACUAUAAAAAAAUAACUACACCGCGAGAUCUCGCUUACCGGGUCGGCCAGGCUUCAUAUAAACAGCCCUAUCAAUAACUUUGAUCUAAGUAAGUUGAAACACGUCUGCGUUCUAACAAGUCUGCGUUCAGUUUACCACCCAUCACAUGUGAGUUUGUUGAAAAUUACGUGUUGAAGAUACCAUCUAGUAAAGCAACUGGAGCUGAUGGCAUUAGUGUGAAACUGCUUCAAGCAGGCAUCAAGGAGUUGGCAACAUCAAUAUCUAGGUUAAUCAAUAAAUUAUUAUGUCUUUGACUAGUAAUCAAUUUCCCUCAAGAUGGAAAAUAGCUAGAGUCACUGCGCUAUUUAAGACUGGCGAAAUUUCUGAUCUUAACAACUAUCGACCUAUCUCUAUUUUACCUGUGCCUUCAAAGAUCAUUGAACGACAUGUACACGACUGUCUGUUCUACUAUCCCACUAUAAAUAAUCGGAUAUACUCCAAUCAAUCCGGAUUUCGAAGCGAAUUUGGCACGGAAACUGCUGUUGCAUUUAUCAUUGACUCUCUUUUACUCAACCUGGAUAAAAAUCUCAUUAAUGGCAUGGUCCUAGUCGACUAUAAGAAAGCCUUUGAUAUGGUUGAUCACUGUAUCUUGCUUGAUAAACUUGGAGCAUGCCAUCUUGAUCAGAGCUCGCUUGAUUGGUUUAAAUCCUAUCUAUCAGACCGUAAACAAUAUGUUAACUUCAAAGACCAGUCUUCUACAACAAAAGUAAUCACGGACGGAGUACCACAGGGUUCUAUCCUUGGGCCGCUAUUGUUUCUCGUUUUUAUCAACGAUUUACCUCUUCAUAUCAACACUCAAGUAGAUUUAUUCGCUGAUGACACUACCUUACUCGCUGCCACUGAUUAUAAUGAUAUUAAUGAACUUAAUGAGAAAUUAUCUCCGAAAGUCUCUAACGUUGAAAACUGGGCCAUUACCAAUAAAUAA